UUGAGACUUUAAUCAAUCGAUGAUGUCGUCGAGAGUUUUUCGGAUUUCUAGCAAGUCGAGAAAAACUUCGUUGGCACAGCGGUGUUGUAGGCAGUGGCUCUACAACUUUUGUAUCGAAAUCAUGCGAAGUUGUCUUGUUGUGGGUUCGAGCAUGGCGGCAACGGAGAAUGUCAUUAGGGACAAUGUCCUGGAAUGGGUGAAAAACGAUACCCACCGCUUCCUCAAUGCAGUUAUUAGAGUCGGUCAUCUGAAUCGCACUGUCGAGUUUUAUAAAGAGUGUUUUGGGAUGCAGUUGUUGAUCCAAAAAGACUUCCCUGAGAAGAAGUACAGCAAGGCCAUAGUUGGUUUUGGACCUCAGGAGUCUCACUUUGUGCUGGAGCUGAUAUAUAUCUAUGGAGUCGAGAAAUACGAGGUUGGGACAGCAUGGGCGCACUUUGGAAUUGCGGCUCAAGAUAUAUAUCCGAUUGUGGAGAAAGUCCGACAAUUAGGCGGGGUCGUGACGAGAGAACCGGGGGCAACUGCAGGGGGACCGCAAGUCUAUGCUUUUGUGCAGGAUCCAAAUGGCUACACCUUCGAGCUCCUCCAGCAAGGGCCGACUCCUCAACCACUCAACCAUUUCCAGUUUGAAGUGAUCGAUCUUAAUCGCUCCGUCAGUUUCUACGAGAAGGCAUUGGGCAUGAACUUACUCUUGCGGUACGAUAGCCCUCAAGAUCAGUACACAAUAGCUAUGGUGGGUUAUGGAACAGAUCGAACUCAGACAGUUUUCAUUGAGCUCAAGUACAACUACAACGUGACCAAGUACACCGCAGGCAACGCGUAUGUUCAUGCUGCAAUAGGCACCAGUGAUGUAUACAAAAGCGCUGCGGCUGUUGCACUAGUUACACAAGAACUUGGAGGGAAGAUCGUUCGCCCGCCAGGCCCGAAUCCCGUAACCCACACCAAGACGACUUCAUUCCUCGACCCCGAUGGCAGGAAAACUGUUUUGGUGGACAAUGAGGAUUAUCUGAAAGAGAUAAAGAACAAUGGCCAGUGAGAUCGACGGCUUCAUUGACAAAGAUCGAUCCCGAUUGCAUUUCUUUAUGGUUCCAAUAAAUUGUCAAGGCAAAAGAUUGAAUUGUUCGUUUUCAAGCGAGGCAGUUUGUAAUAAGAUCAUAUUCCUAAUUACGAAAGAUAUUCACUUCAAAUUCUUUCUCUGACUCCUCAAUGGGGAACCCGGGGUCUUGCAAUUUGAUACUCGCGUUUAAGAUUCGGUUGAUCGUGGAACAUGAAAUGCUUCGACUUCGGGAAUUCAUUUCGCUCAGAUGAAAUUCCACAUCCCGAUCCAUGACCUAUCUUUGGAUACCACAACUAUGUGGCAUGUGGACUGUAUCUCCAUACAAUCUGUUGGUUUGAUGUCUAUUAAUAAAUUACCAUAAACCGGAUUGAACAUGAACCAUAGCCAAAGACAAGGAAAAAGUCCAAAUCGUCGAUCUCCUUUUUGACAAGAUACUGAGGACUUUCUUGUUGAGCUCUAGGACUUACUUGCUUAUCCUAAAACAAGACCAUGUACUCAAGAUAAAGAAACAUUCCCAUAAUCUUGAAACGCUCUUUUACCAUAGUCUUCUGCUACACUUUAAGCUCGAGACGAAAAUGCUUAAGCUUAACGAGUGGAUGGUAUGCUGCUUUCUUCUAUGGUUCUUUCUGGUAAAUGAAACUCUCUUAACCUCCCACGCAGCUAUAAAAUGCGGUUCAGAAAGUUUCAUUUGGGUUUAAUAGUGUGAAUUCCUCAUAGAAUCUCGUCAAGCAUCCAAUUUGAUCUACGG